CCUUGAGCUCUUCCAAUGACACGCCUAUCACCUCCCAGCCAAGCAUCUUAUAAACUGACAAGCCCAUCACCCGACCUUCCAAAAGAGACAACUAACAGAAUCCUUCCAGCAGCUGAUCCGGAAGUCAUGGUGAUCCUCCUCGUCCUCCUGGCGUUCUGCCUCUCUGCUGUGGACGGACAGUUCCCACGAGUCUGCUCUACGGAAGCCGCCUUUCACACCAAGACUUGCUGUCCUCUUUGGAGGGACAAAAGCCCGUGCGGUUCUUUGUCAGGCCGAGGAAGAUGUAGAAACUGGUCGACUUUAUAUGGAAAUAAGAUUCCCCUGAAUAACGAUGAUCGUCUAGACUGGCCAAGGUACUACUAUGAAAAUACGUGUGAGUGCCAUGGAAACUACAGCGGCUUUGACUGUGGAGACUGUAAAUUUGGCCAUCAUGGAGAGAAAUGUGACCGGAAAAAAGUGGUGGUGCGGCGGGAGCUCCGGGAACUGACCUUUCUAGAGCAGAAAAGAUUAUUCAGUUACUUGGCUCUAGCAAAGACCACCAAAUGCCGUGACUUUGUUAUCCUGAGCACCGGAGACCGCUUCCACCAGGAGACUUACCGCUUUGUAGAUGCCUCUCUGUAUAAUGUGUUUGCAUGGAUGCAUUAUUAUUCCAUGAAACCCAUCCUUAUAAAUGGUACAUUUAACCCUCAUAAAAACUUUGCCCACCAAGGCCCAAUAUUUCCAGGGUGGCAUCGCCUCAAUCUCCUCUUCCUGGAGAGACAAAUUCAGCUGAUGACGGGAGAUGAAGAUUUCGCUAUUCCAUAUUAUGACUGGCGAGGAGAGAAGAACUGCUCCAUCUGUACAGAUGAACUGCUGGGCACCAAUGAUGCUCAGGGGGUGCUGAGUCCGUAUUCCCACUUCUCUUUCUGGAAGGCUAUUUGCAGUGGCUUUGAUUUCCCUGAUGAAUACUGUCCUUUGGCUGAUGAAGAAUAUAAAUUGGAAAGACUACACCGAAAACCGGGAACCACGCCCUACGCGCCCAACCUGCCCACCUACGAGGAUGUAGACAAUGCGUUGAAGCUGGAAGAAAUGGAUACUCCUCCCUUUAAUGAGACAUCGCGACGCAGCUUUCGGAAUUCCCUGGAAGGGUUCUUAUCACCAGAUGGGGUGACACUGAAAAGAAGUUUACACAACCUGGUCCACAUAUAUCUGGGGGGCACCAUGUCUCAGAUCCCCAUCUCCAGCAAUGACCCCAUCUUCAUCCUACAUCACAGCUUUAUCGAUAAGAUCUUUGAAACGUGGAUAACGAAGUACAACAAAUCUCCUGAUGACUUCCCUGAAAACAAUCUGAUGGGUCAGGGGCCAAAUGAUUGUGCGACGCCAUAUUUCCCUUGUUACAAGAACAAAGACUUCAUACAUAGCUCAACUAAGUUUGGCUAUCAGUAUUCCUCAUUCCUCAGGAAGCCGCCCAUGGGGCGCCGUAAUUAUCAAUGAGCAGAAGAUUUUGUUCCAUGUUGUAUGCUUGAUCUAUGUCAUCUACCUCCGACGGUGCUGGAAAUAAACUGAUAUAAUAUA